AUUUUUUUUAUUUUUUCAUUAAGUUUUCUUACUGUUCAGUUUUGUAAAGCCAUUAAUCCCAUUUCCGUUUUGUUUGUUUUUUUAGUAAAAGUAUUUUGUUUCUCUUUGCGUUUCUUCUAUCCGCUAUUGAUAUUAGCUGAUAUGAAAUUCAGAAGAUACGAAAUAAUGCCUUUUAGAAUAAUUUUAGUCUUUACGAAAGUUAUCAGUAAGAAAACAGAAAUAUCGGGAGCGUGUACGAAUGUCCCUGUGACGCGAACGGCUUCUUCACGCCCCAUUCUAGUACCAACUCACUGUUAAACAGGUGUGAAUUCCGAUAAGAGGUGAUGGCGGACCAAUAACAAACACACGAUGUGAGUUACCUCAAAUUACACCCGGCUGUUAUGGGCUGUAAACUAACCUUAAGUUCAACGAAGCAGCGUGACAGAAGUACUUCUUUGUUCUAUUUUUACACACAACGAGCAGGUCAAAUUGAGAUAAGUGACAAAUGUACAGGAAUAUGAUGAAAUGAAAACAUUGUCAAAACAUAUAUUUACAUGUUUUCUUAUAAUGAUAAGGUAAUUCGUUGAUAAUUUAUUUGUCUAUAGUCUAGUUAGACUAUUUUACUCACGGCACGUGCAAUCAAAAUAAAACCAUUAGGCUUGUUUUAAAUAUUUUGAAUAUUUAGUAAAAGUACAGCCUAAACGUCAUUGAUUAACCCUUCCCGCAAUUGGAAGACAACUCCAGGUUUUGUUGUGAGGAAGACAUAGUUAUUUCCCUUCUCUUCUUAAUCAAAACGACUUUUGCUGUUUUUAAGUUUUCGAUGUUAUGUAACGUACGAGCGGGCCCUGUUUAUCGAACUAAAAUGAUCACCAGAGCAAUCAAAGAUACUUUCUGUGCGAAUUUACUUUCUGUAUUAAGAAACAAUGAUAUAUUCGUUUUCAAACGUUACCGAGGUAUGUUCGUUCCCAAAAGCAAGGCUGUGGAAAACCGCCACCUUGAUAUUAUCAGGAAUUUUCUGCAAAACAACAAAACGAUAACAGUGCUGACGGGAGCAGGUGUUUCCACCGAAAGUGGAAUUCCUGAUUACCGAUCCGAAGAAGUUGGGAUGUAUGCACGAAGUAACCAUACGCCUAUACGAUACCAAGAGUUCCUUAAAUAUAGCGACCGGCGACAGCGAUAUUGGGCAAGAAACUUUGUUGCCUGGCCCCAGUUUUCUUCAUUCCAGCCCAAUAUUAUUCAUUAUAUUCUAUCGUCCUGGGAGAAAUCUGGCCAGUUAUACUGGUUAAUCACACAAAAUGUUGAUGCUUUACAUUCAAAAGCUGGUAGUAAACGAUUAACAGAACUGCACGGUUGUUCUCAUCGUGUCCAUUGUUUGUCUUGUCACAUGAAGAUGCCCCGCACUGAAAUGCAAGUACUUUUAAACAACUUAAACUCUGACUGGCAAGCCGAGUACAUUGCUAUUGCUCCAGAUGGUGAUGUUCAGCUUGCUGAUAAACUAGUGCAGUCAUUCAAGGUUCCGCCAUGUCCAAAUUGUGGUGGUUUGUUGAAACCAGAGGUCGUGUUUUUUGGUGACAAUGUAGAAAAGUCAAAGGUAGACUUUGUAUAUGACAAAGUCAGUGAAAGUGAUGCAUUAUUAAUACUCGGGACAUCACUUCAGGUUUAUUCUAGCUACAGAAUUCUCUUGGCUGCUCAUAAACAGAAAAAACAGAUUGGUGCAAUAAACAUUGGCCCUAUACGUGGUGAACAUUAUCUCGACUUCCACAUAAAAGCUAAGUGUGGUGAUGUAUUCUUACUUCUUGGAUAGUAUUUCAAUAAUUCAAAGAGGAUAUUGAUAUUUAAGUAACUGAUUUUUUUUUAAAUUAUGAACUGUAUACUUGUAUAUUUUUAAAAAAUGUUUUCUCAAUUAGUGAAAGUACCUAUCCUAACAUGAUAUUAUUAAUGAAAUAAUAAUAAUGUUAAUGAUGAUCAUUUAACCAGGAAUUCGUCAUUAUAUACAGAGUACAUCACAAAAUCAGAUGUUGGCAGGGUAUAUAUAAAAAUAUACAGGUGGUAGAGUGUUUUGUGCAAGGAGAUGUUUAUUAAAACUGCCAGGAUUGAAAUGGAAGUAUAGCUUAGAGAAAUUCCAGCUUUAGCAUUUAAACUGGCCAUAUCUGGCCCAAAUAUUCUGCCUGUUUUAUGUUCAAACUGGCCAGAUCCAGCCCCUCACACUUAUGUUACAAUGUAAUUUUAGAAAUAAACAUUUACAUCAUUGAAACCUUGAAGCUACAAGAUGAUGCAUGAUUAACUCAAAAGACUGUGAAUUAAUAAGCAUUACAUCAACAGAAUAAUCUGAAUGCUAAAGGGUUGAAUACUAUAUAACACCAGGAAAGAAAAAAAGAAUGAAACUAUUUACAAAUUAAAACAGAAAAAUAUAGCAUUAAAGUAAAGCUGAAAGCAAGAAAUCCACACAGGUUAUUCUAAGGACACAUCUAUAGAAAAUAAAACAAAAGUUAAAAACUGUAAUGUAACCCUUUUGAUAGCAACCCACCCUAUAGUGUCCCUUAUUCAAUGAUACUCCUUGUAAAACCUUGCAUCAGAAUUUCAUAUUAAUUUAUGUUCGAAACACUGGUUUAAUGCUGAUGAAGAUAUUUUGUUAAAUUCUUCAUUAUUUUCAAAAGUAAGUGAAACAAAGGCAAUGUAUUUCAAGAGGAUUGUGGUGACAAAAGGGUUAAAGAGAAAUCCUUGUAAAAAUACAAAUAAAAUGAUUUCAUAGUAAGUACCUCAAUAGAAUACAUAAUAUAUAAAUUUGACUCUUUGAAAAGCAGGCAUCUGUUGUUAACAGCCAGAAACUGGAAGAUUGAAUAUGAAGAACUUAACAGUUGUAACUCAUACUAAUGAUGGCAUUUAUGGUGCUACAAAGAAACAAAAAGAAAAAAAUGAACAUAUCUGAAAGGAAAUUUAUAUGUCGAAUAUUUGAAGAAUUUGCUGAAAUAGAUGACUAUUUAUUAAGUUUUCAAAAUAGGUAAUGUUUACAUAUGUAUAUAGACAGAACCAUUGAGCUGUGUCUCUCAGACUAAAAUCUCAGGAACUAUAAAAUGGAAGUUAUAAUAUUCUGUCUCUUAUUCUCUGUAUCAAAACUAUUAAAUCUAAUCUAAAUAUC